GUACUCUUAAAUCUCAACAACAUGGUAUCAUCUUCUCGUUCCUCCUCUGGCAAAACAAGAAUUCGCCUCGAUUCUUUACCUGAUGAUCUUCUUGUAGAGAUUUCAUCAAAUAUCGCUGCUUCUUCCUUGUCAGGGGUUCGUAAUCUCAGAUUAGUUUCGAAACCGUUUCGACAUGUCUGCGAUAAUCGAUAUGUUAUCGGCAGACUUUCGCUCCAAGAAACCCCGUUAUUCCCAUGGCAUCACAACCGUAGGAGGUUCUACAAUUUUUUCAAAAGGUGUUGCAAGAAUGGAAACCCUGAAGCUUUGUAUCGGACGGGAUUCAUCUACUACUUUCUAGAUAAUCGUAAACGCAGAGGACUCAAAUAUUUAGCUGAAGCUGCAGAAAAAGGGUCCAAAGAGGCAAAAUAUGUCUAUGGGAUGAUUCUAAUCUGUCGUAAAGGCAAAACAAAGCAAAAGGGUUUCAAGAUCUUGUCUUCUUUUAUAAAGCCGUUGAUGUCAACUACCAUAGAGGAGCUUGUGGAUCUUCGAUACAAGAUUAGACAGUUUAGAGACAUCGUUUGGGAUCACGCCAACCCGGUGAUGGAAGUACUCAAAACAGCUUACGUCCGAGAAGAGUGCGGGUGCGAUGGUAAAACCAUGGCGUUCUUAACAAGGAACCGUGGUUGGCACACACAUGGUGAGGACGAUCUCAUGAACACUUCUUCUGCUUGCGAGUUUUGUCUGUGGCAUCACGAGGUUGAGCUUUUCUGUAAGAAAAUUUAG